AUGCAGACACCUUAUUUUCUUUUUGUUGCAGCCUUGGUACUGUUGCACUUUAUCGCAACUAGCUCAGCUAGCAUAAUUGUAGCCAACAACCAAAACAACACUGUUGAUCUGAAUGCUCUUCUUGCCUUCAAAGCCGCCAUUUUCGAUCCCCAAAGGAUCAUUCCAACCAACUGGUCCACUUCUACCUCUGUUUGCAACUGGAUUGGAAUCACUUGUAAUGCUCGUCAUCACAGAGUCGCAGCCAUCAACCUUUCUUACAUGGGAAUUGUAGCAACCAUACCUCCAGAACUGGGAAAUCUUUCUUUUCUAGUCUGGCUAAAUGUUAGGAAUAACAGCUUUCAUGAACAUCUUCCAACCGAGCUAUCUCGUCUGCGCCGAUUGAAGUACAUCAACUUGGAAGGUAAUGCCUUUGAGGGCGAACUUCCGUCAUGGUUGGGAGGUUUGAGUGCACUCCAAUACUUAUCCUUCCGAGAUAACGGAUUUUCGGGUUCUAAUUUCACAAAGUUAGAGACCAUCAGGUUGGGUUUCAACUUUUUUACUGGAAAUCUUUCCGAAGAAUUCAGCGCUCUACCGAAAUUGACAGUUUUGGACAUUCAACAUAACCAACUUGCAGGCCCUCUGCCACAGGCUCUGUUUAACCUCUCCUCAUUGCAAAUAAUUGGUUUUACGAAUAAUAGCUUAUCGGGUUACCUUCCAGCACAUAUCUGCGAUUAUCUCCCACAACUUCAAGGGCUUUACUUAUCACUUAAUAACUUUGAAGGUGAAAUUCCAUCAGGCAUCGGAGAAUGCUCAGGACUCCAAGUUUUAUCCUUGUCUUACAACAAAUUCCGAGGAUAUAUACCAAAUGGAGUUUGGAAUCUAACCACGCUUACAGAAAUAUAUUUGGGUGGGAACGACCUGACAGGUAUAAUACCUCAAGAGGUUGGUAAUCUUAGCAAGUUGGAACAACUAGGCUUGGCCGAGAAUAGAUUGAGAGAUCCCAUCCCGCUGAAACUUUUCAAUAGUUCAACUGUACGAGUUAUUUCUCUCGCGGAUAAUGAUUUAUCAGGCGAGCUUCCAUCAACUAUAGGUGUUUUCUUACCCAAUCUUGAGGAACUCCACCUUUGGGGAAAUGAAUUCACUGGAACUAUACUAGGUGCGUUUGCUUCUAUAGAAUUAGAAUUGAAUUAG